AACCGAUUUUACUGGAUUCCAGCUUCUGAUUCUAGUUCCAUGCCAGUAGAGAUGGACGUAUGUGUUUCUUCACCAGUAUUUGUUUGUGUACAUGAAUUGCCUGAUAGAGAUUAUGGAUUUCCGUUAAUCAUGUAAAAAGCACAGACAACUAUAUUUAUUGAAAGGUGGUUAAUGGGAGGAAUUGUGUUGAGUCUGCAUGUAGUGUUCAAAUGUUUCAUUUUUAUGUGUUUCACAGACUGGAGGAAAAAUAAAGGGCCUGAUUUCAGAAGAUUAUGUCCAAAGAUUCAGAUAAACAGCACAUAGGACAAUUAAACAGUGAUUAUUACAAUUCGGAUGAGGAUCCCUUUAAUCCAUUUUUAAGAGAAGAGCUUGAGCAGUGUGGAUUUUUUACAGAUGCUUUUUGUGACCAAUUUUUGCCACGGACCACUCAGCUUUUGUUGGAAUACAACUCAGGGAAAUGGGUGCCACGGCUUCGUGAGCCACGUGAUUUAUAUGGACUGUCUCCUACUGGACACCUGAACAUAAUACGCUGGCCUAAUCAAUAUGAAGUUAUCAGAGAGAAAAUUGAACAUAUUGAGUGGGUUCCUCCUCGUCCAGAGCCACUAUACUGCCCAACUGGUUUGGAAACAGAGCCGCCUUGCCCAGAACAUGGAGAGGGUGCUGUGGUGUAUCUGUCAGACCAAGCUAAUAAAGAUUCCAGCUUUAUGUAUUCUCGAAUAGGAGGGAGCUUCCCUUCCAAACAGGUGCUUCCUCAAUCCUGGAAUGACUGGGACAAUACAUUGAUUUUUGAAGCACGCUUUGAAAGUGGCAAUCUGCAGAAGGUGGUUAAAAUUAGUGAUUUUGAGUAUCAGCUGACACUUCGCACUGAUCUCUACACAAAAAGGCAUACUCAGUGGUAUUACUUCCAGGUCACUAACACCCUAGCAGGAAUGCCUUACCGUUUCACCAUUGUCAACUUCACCAAGCCAACAAGUUUGUACAAUCGUGGGAUGCGUCCAUUGCUAUAUUCGGAAACAGAUGCAAAGAUCCGCAAUGUGGGCUGGCAGAGGACAGGAGAUGAAAUAAAAUAUUACAAAAACAAUCUCAGCCAUGAUGGACGUCAGUAUUUUUCCCUGACAUGGACAUUCCAGUUCCCGCAUAACAGGGACACCUGCUAUUUUGCCCACUGCUAUCCUUACACAUACAGCAACCUGCAAGACUACCUAUCAGACAUUGCAGCAGACCCAGGGAGGUCCAAGUUCUGCAAGAUCCGGAUUUUGUGCCAUUCCUUGGCAAGGAACAUAGUCUAUGUCUUAACCAUCACAAACCCUUUGCAGGAUUUUAGGGAGGAAAAACGCAAGGCAGCCAUUAUUUUGACUGCCAGGGUGCACCCAGGUGAAACCAACAGUUCCUGGAUUAUGAAGGGCUUUCUGGAUUAUAUUCUGGGAGAUUCAAGUAAUGCCCAGUUGCUCCGAGACACAUUUGUUUUUAAGGUGGUCCCAAUGUUGAAUCCAGAUGGCGUGAUUGUGGGCAAUUAUCGCUGCUCCUUAGCUGGCAGGGAUUUGAAUCGGAAUUACAAAUCAGAGCUCAAGGAAUCCUUCCCUCCUAUAUGGUACACCCGCACUAUGAUCAAAAGAAUGAUGGAAGAGCGCAAUGUUCUCCUAUAUUGUGAUCUUCAUGGUCAUAGCAGGAAAGAGAAUGUCUUCAUGUAUGGCUGUGAAAAAAAGGACCAGCAAGAAGGCGGCUCGUACUUACACCAGCGCAUUUUUCCUUUCAUUAUGAGCAAAAACUGUCCAGAUAAAUUCUCAUUUCCAGACUGCAGUUUCAAAAUACAGAAAGGCAAGGAAGGAACUGGACGAGUAGUUAUGUGGAAGAUGGGAAUCAGCAACAGCUAUACCUUGGAAGUUACUUUCUGCGGAUCUAAACUGGGUAACACACAUGGUAAACACUUCACUACUAAGGAUCUAGAAUCCAUAGGAUACAAUUUCUGUGAUUCAUUGUUGGACUUCUGUACUAAAAACAAAGACAAGUAUAAUGAAUACCUCAAGGAACUGGAAGAAAUGGUGAAACAGGAUGACCACAGUACUUCUGUCAAUGACACCAUGGAUAAAGAUUCCAGUUCUGAUAGCUCAGAUUCCAAUGAGCCUGCUGUUAAAGUGGUCUCCCAGGGAAAACCAAGAAAGACGUGUCUGAAAACCAAGAAGGAAAGGAGUUUAAUUUUUGAAUCAUCUGCCAGAAGAAUUCCUAAACAGCCACAUGAACCAAAGCAGAGUGAAGCAAAAAAAUCAGAAGAACCUUCUCACCGAAUUUCCAAGAGUCAAGAACAUAUACUUAAAAAUACUCAGAUUUUUCAGAGAUUGAAACUGCUAGAGUUACAAAACAUGCCAAGAGAAAAAUGUUCGAUUUCCAAACAGAACCUGGAGCUUUUCUGCAGACCCUCUAAUGCUAAAAAGGGAUGCCCUGAACUCUUAUGGGAAUGUGUUAAAGCGGAGCACCAAGACACUGGGAAAUUGCCAGGCAGAGGCUAUGUUUGUACCAACUCCUCCUUUCCUUCUGGUAUAAAAGGAAAGAGGUGCUAUGAGUCAAAAACCUUAGCAGGUUUUCAAGAACUCUGGAAGGAAGCUAGAUACAUUAUAAAAGACCAGCCACACCAAAUGACUUUCACCCCACAAGCAGAUGAAUCAACAAAAUAUACAAUCCAAUAUCUCAGCCAUUAUUUUCCUGACCAAGAAUUAAAUAUUGGCUGGGACGUUGGCCAACCUUUGAAGAACAUGAUCUCCCAGAGAGUUUUCCUGCCUCCUGCCAUCCUUAGCCAAAUGUGCAAUACACCAAGAAGAAAUGGGGCAUUUUCUGGUUGCCGGCUUCCUAGGGUGGAAAAUAUGGGAAAAGAAGCAGGGAUUCAGCGUAGAACCUCUCUAAUACAUGUGGAGAGACAUCCAAGUUCCAUGGCUUUAUCACAGACUAAUGGAGAAAACCACUCUGGAAGGGGUUAUAUCACUUUGGAGCUGGGAGGAAAAGAACUACAAAACAUAGCCCUGGCUCAAGGAGCACGUCUUAAUUCUCCAUACAGCAGAGGUCCAACCUGGAGAUUAGAAAAAUGUAAAGCUGGAAGAGCUGCAAGUUGCAAAGAGAAAACAUCUCCACAGAUCAAAGGUCUCCUUGAAAACCUCAACAUUAGUUUAGAUGGAAGGGAAAGGAAAGGAAAAAAGUGGUCUCCACCAGGUUACUCUAAACCUGACAGAAACAGUGCAGACUGCCUUGAAGGUCUUAGAGUGAAUGGGUCUUCUCAUACACAAGAUUGUUUACAGCUCUCCUUGCCUUCGGUAUCAGAGGGAAAGUAUGGGCAAUCCCCUGAAAAAUAUCAGAAUUCUAAAUCAUUAAGUGAACACCGACUGCGCCUGGCUACACUACCAACGGCAAAAGGGCCCAAGACAAUUUUACUGAAACAAUGCAAAGAUGGAGAAGCGUCAAGUUCUGCGACAUUACCACAGACACAACCAAAAAUGUCAUCAAAAGCUUCACUGUGUCAAAGUGGGAGCAAAUUUAUUUCUAAGAGACGGAAAAGUGAGGGGCUGAAUUGCCAGACUUCAGUGCAAGAUGUUUUAGCUCCAAAUGAGAGGAUUUCUUUCCCUGCUUAGAGACAUAUGCAAGUUUUUCUAAAGGGACCUGAAAAGGCAGCACAUAACACUGCAAAGGCCCUACUUAGUGGGGAUAUCUUCAGACAUCAUAUCUUCCAGCUCUUUGGCUGUAAUGAUAAAGAAAAUAUAGAAAAGUGUAUUCAGAAUAGAGCAGUUGCCCUGCCUACAGACAUGGAAUCAGCAAUCUGGGAUUUCAUCCACAAGUGCUGCUGUGACAGAUAAAAGCAAAACUGAAAUAGGAAUUGCUUUUUCCAGAAAAUAUCUUGUUGGCAAAUUUCACAGGGAAACAAGUUUUCAUUUCUCAAUUUCA